AUGAAUGUGGAUAAUGAGACUGUGAAUGAUCUACAAGAAGAUUCAAACAGCAUCAAGAAAACAUGUAAACUAUUGUAUAGCAAACAGCUACAAGAUAUUCUAAAGAAAAUUGAUUAUUACAAGGAACAAAAUCGAACAUCGGCUAAUGUGAUUGGUCCCACGGAAGAAGAUGAGGAAUAUAAGCUUAUUGUACAGUCAAACAGCAUAACAGCAGAUAUUGAUAAUGAAAUACAAAAUGUUCACAAGUUUAUUCGCGACCACUACGCUCCCAAGUUCCCUGAGCUUGAGACACUUGUACAUAACCCUUUGGACUAUGCACGAACAGUGAAGACCAUAGGCAAUGAAAUGGAUAUUACAAAGAUUGACCUUCGACAUAUCCUUCCUUCAGCUACUAUCAUGGUCAUCACAGUAACAGGAUCUACAACAAGCGGUCGAGAAUUGACAGCAGAGGAAUGGAAGCGAACAGAAGAAGCUUGUGACAUGGCCCUGGACUUGGAUGCAGCUCGAAAAAAGAUUAUGAGUUAUGUAGAGUCCAGAAUGACAGUGAUUGCGCCCAAUCUUUCGUAUGUUGUUGGAACCUCUACUGCUGCUAAAUUACUGACAGCGGCAGGUGGACUUUUGGCAUUCUGCAAAAUUCCCGCGUGUAACGUUCAGGUGCUUGGUAACAAUAAGAAAACCAACACUGGAUUCUCGACAGCUCACAUGGAGAGACAUGCCGGUUAUAUUUACUACUCAGACAUUGUAAAGUCUGUGCCUCAGGAUUUGCGCAGAAAGGUGGUCAAGAUUAUAUCAGGCAAGGCUGUGCUUGCUGCACGUAUAGAUGCUACGCAUCAGUCGCCUCAUGGAGAUGAAGGUCGAAGGAUGCGAGAAGAAAUUGAUACCAAGAUUGAAAAGCUACAAGAACCUCCUCCAUCUAAAGUAGUGAAAGCUUUACCUGUGCCAGACGAAGGCCCUAAAAAGAGAAGAGCGGGUAAACGAGUGAGAAGACAAAAAGAAGCAUAUGCCAUGACCGAAUUAAGAGCUGCACGUAAUCGUAUGGCAUUUGGUGAAGCAGAAGAAGAGGUGGGCUAUGGUGACGAAACAGAAGGCUUGGGUAUGGCAACUAAGCAGAUUGGAAAAAUCAGAGCUUCUAUUACGGACCAAAGAAGCAAAAUUAAAACACCAAAGAUCAAGCCUUUCAGUAACCGCCUUUCUGGUACUGCCACUUCUGGUCUAGCUUCCUCAUUGGCUUUUACACCUGCACAAAGUAUGGAAUUAGUUGAUCCUACUGCUGUAUUAGAAAGGUCCAAAGAGAAGAAGGAUGAUGAAAAAUACUUUGGUGGUGGUGCAUUUUCAAUCAUUAGGAAAUAA